AUGCUUCUUUAUAGUAAAAUUCUACUCCCUGCUCGAAAUAGAGUGUUACAUCUCAGCCUCAACAGAGCUAAUUGCAUCAGGUAUAACAGCAGUUGGAAAGACACCCUUGGUACCCGUCACACCGUCAGUGAGGCGAGAGAUCCACAAGAUAAUCAAUUGUUCAAUGAUUUGGUGAAAGAAGUAGAUUCGAAAGAGAACCGCAAUGACGACUCUUUUGAUGACAUCUUCAAAGACAUCAUUCUAGAUCCCAAGCAACCCUCACCUGAAACCAAGACGGAGAUGGACAAGAUCUUCGCUAACAUAUCUCGAGGUCAGACAUCCGAGAAACAAGAGCUAUAUCAAGGCACCAGUAUGGAUAUUGACAUGACAGAUGAAACACUGGUACUGGACAAAAAAGCCGAAGACCCCAAUAUUGUCCAGAAGGAGAAAGAGCUUUUCAUGAACAUCUUUAAAACAUACUCGCAGAAAGAACCCUCCAAGGAAAAAAAAAAAUCAUCUCAUUCAAAUCUACUAUGGAAUCUUCGGGAAGCUAUGAGUAAUAAGAGCAUAGAACUUGAUCGCCACAUUUCUCGAGCUAUGAGGCCCUCGCAAGGUAAUAAAUUGACUCAAGACACCAUUGACCGCAUCUUUUUGCAUUUUGAUGACGCUUUAAAGCCUACCUAUACUGCAUUGCUGACCUUUGAUCUGAGAGAUAGCUAUCUUGACUUCUUAAAGGGUGUAAUCCAAAGGUUCAAAGGGAGUCGCUCGCGUCAGAGAGAGUUCUUUUUAACCAUGAAGAAGGGUGAAGCUUUGCAUGAUUUUACUGAUAGAUUUACCAAGUUGAGUCAAGAAGUAAAGCUUAAAAACGAGGAACUGCCGCUUGAACCGGUUCUCAAUGCGUACACUUUGCCAUUGUUGUUCAACUACAUCUUGAAGACUCUCAUCACGAAGUUUUAUGACGGCCAGCUCGCCCUCACAUUGUUUAAUUCGUUGAAAAGAGACCUCGAUGUAUAUACCAUGGUCUGUAAUCAAGAUACUUAUAACGAGGUGCUCAAGCUUUUUUGGGCAUACUAUGGCAAACUGAGCUUGCAAGAGAUUGAAAUGACAUUUCUCGAGAUGAAGAAUAACGGAUUUGUCGGCAACCUUAACACAUUCAGAGUUCUUAAGGAAAUUAUUGUGAGAUAUCAUCUGAUAAAGUUAGGGUUCUCCGACCUGUCACUGUUCUGGCUGAGGGAAGACGAUAAGAGAGUUCCCAAUAUUAACAUUCACAAAGAAGCUGGCUCUCCGGUCAAUGCCAACGAAUUGCUCAGCAGGUCAUCGGAUAUAAAGAAACAGCUAUCUCAAUCCUUUCAGGGUGGAGGAAGCACAGGUGGAAUCCAGAAGCCUCUGUCGAGGAGGAAUUCCGCCAUCCAUGUUAAGAACGAGGAUGACGACGAGGACGAUCAAGGGAACGAAAGAAAACGCAGAGACAACAUAAAUGAAAAAAUCCAAGAAUUGCUAAGCCUUGUGCCUCCCGUCUACUUUCAAGAAACAGCAGCAAGGGACGAAGAUGACGGCGGUACGAAAAGCACGGGCACCAAGGACGGAAAACCCAAUAAGGGUCAGAUUUUGACAAAGUCUGUUGAGUACAUUCAAUAUUUGCAAAAUCUCAUUGACGAGAAUAACCGAAAGGAGGUUGAGUUACAACUCAAACUUAAGUCUCUCAAAAUGCAGCAAGAAGGUAGAGGAAAUGCCCCUCUUUCGGCAGAUACAACCAGCGCGGAGUUAGCACUAGGAGAGAUUGGUGUUGGACCACACUCCAGAAAGUAUUUCGAGGAAGUCCUUUAUCAGUCAACGGGUAACAAAGCUAGUUAG